AUGGGGCGUUCGCAGACUGAGUCUAAGGGUUUGGUGGAAGAGGAGUUGGCAGGAUUUGUUUCACUUGGGGAACUAUUAAUUAGAGUUGAAGACUCAAACAGAAGUGGAUCCUCAAAGCGUUUGACUUCAGCAUCCAAUACUGUGUAUAAUGCUUGGGAGAUAAAGGCUAAAAGAAGAUAUGCUGAUUACAUAAGCAGAAUAAGGAAAAAACCAAGACCUCCCUAUGUCCCACCAGAAAUAUGGACAAAAUGGAAUGAUGUUUGGAAUUCUGAGGAGGGCAAGAAGAAAACAGAAUUGGCUAGGAGAAAUAGGCGUGGAGGAGUUUUAACUGGAGUUGCUCAAUCUACCCAUACCACAGGAUCAACACCUCACGUAAAAGUUGCAGCUCAACUUAAAGGACAAUUGGGUCAUUGUCCAUCGUAUUAUGAACUGUUCAGGCAUACACAUACCAAACAACACGAUGGGCAAACAUUCAUAGUUGAAAAAGCCAAACAAAUUCAUGAACAAGUUGAAUCGCAACGGGAGAUGUUGGCAGAAAAUGGAGAGCAGGUGGAUGACAAUCAAUUAUACUAUGACGCGGUUGGUGGACACGAUAAGAAAAGAAGAGUUUAUGGACUUGGUUCAUAUGGUUGUUUUGUUGUUUAUGGUCCAACUAAUGAUAACACUUCUAGCAAUAUGACACCAACAUCGCGACCACCCGACAAUGCUACUUCUACUUCUGCAAAUGUACAACAUGAAAUUCAGAGUUUGAAGGAAACUAUUCUCCUUAUGCAACAAGGACUUGAUGCUAUUGAUGGCGGGAGAGCGGGUACUUCAUCAUCACCUCCAUCUCAAAUCAAUUGAUUUUAAUGGUUGUUUGUUAAUGUUGUUUAGACUUGAAUUGACUAUUAUAUUAUGUAUUAAGUGUGGAUUGAUAAUGUAUUAUUAUGUUGUUUAGACUUGAAUUGACUAUUAUAUUAUGUAUUAAGUGUGGAUUGAUAAUGUAUUAUUAUGUUGUUUAGAGU